UGUUCCUCUUCCUCUCCAUUCCAACAAGGUCGCUAGCUCACUCAAAGCCGCCAAGCAGCUCGUUAGCACGUUGGACCCCAAACCAUGCUCGGACAAGCAGUUCGCCGGUUCGCAACCUCUGCUGUGCGCUCUUCGCACUAUGCUGAGGGACCAGGGAAGAACCUGCCUUUCUCUGUAGAAAACAAGUGGAGGCUGCUGGGUAUGAUGGUGCUGUUCUUCGGCAGCGGCUUUACCUUCCCUUUCCUUGUCGUAAGGCACCAGAUCCUGAAGAAGUGAAGCCUUUGCCUGUUUCGCAUGGUCAUUGUGGAUCCUUGCAAAGAACGGCUGUCUUCGUUUCUUCAGAUGUGGUUCCCUUAAGGUUAUUUGUAAAUAAAAUGACACAUUACAUAUA